CCACAGACUGUGAAUUUCCUCAUUCGAAUCGUUCCAAUCGCAACGACAUGCCGAAGCUGGUCUCCGUUAUUCCUGACGACGUACGUGAUCGCACUUGGUAUCAUCCAUCAGAGCGAUUCGAGCGAUGAUCGUCUUGCGGCGCAGUGGAAAUGUGGGUCACCAACCUCACGUUGAGGCAUUACUGUACUAUACCAUCUGUCGGCGAAGGCAACACCUGCGCGCUCAGAGGCGAUCGAGCAUGCCGUCGCAUCCGAAAUGUCCGAUUGUGUCGAGUCGGUCAUUCGCGGCACGUUUUCAUUUGUGAAUCAAUUCGUAGCAGAGCCUCCUCUGCUCAUACACCUCACAGCCGAGUAACAUGAAGACCGGUCGUCCAGAAACCUCGCAACAUCUCCCUGCCCAAGAUCCAAUCCAAUCCAACCCAGAGAAACCCGAAAUCGAGAUGGGCUACCUACCCCAUUCGACGGCGGGCGCCAUCGCAGCGACACUAUCCAUCUCAGCAAACUUCUACGCCCAAUUCCUGAUCCGAGACAUGCUCGAAGGGUUUGAGAUGCAAUACCUCGCCCGAUGGGGUGCGGCGACGGUGAUCGCUGUGCUCUGCCUUCUCAUCUACGGAAAACUCAGUGGUGAGAAGGGUGCGGACCCGAUCAUGAAUUUGAUCAUCAGCCUGGGACCGCCGAAUAUACUGCCGUACGUUCUGGACGGGCUGGAAGGGUAUUAUCAGAAGAAGUCGGGUUGUAUGUAGGCGGGAAAUGGAUCGCAUGCGUCAAGCUUAUCUGUACGCUCCUGAUGGACAGAGCAAUGGAGCUCAGACGGUCAUGCCAACUAUCUACAGUAUGCGACGAGGUGGACAAGUUCGACGAGACGAAAGCGCACCAUCAGGGAGGGAGGAAGAUGACAGCCGGUCAGGUGACUCUGCGACGAGGUUGUCACGGUUGUGUCGUAUCGGGCUGCGUUCUUUCUACACGUCUCGGAGGAGGUGGAUCAGUGUAUGACGAUGCAGGUGUUCAGUGAUACACCCAGAGACGUCUCCACCUAUGUUUGUACUGUACCUGUCUCCAUCUCGGCAAUGGAUUUAUUCCAGGUCCCUUCAUUAUUAUUAUGAUUAUUAUUAUCAUUACAGUACAAGAAUGACUAUAAUUAUC